CAAAGCAAAAAAAUAAAAAAUGAAGGGUGUUCGCGUUUCUCUUGAAAACUUUGACGAAAAAUUAAAUGAAUCAGUUGCCACCGGUAAUCCUGUGUUUGUUCUCUUCUUUGGUACAGAAGUCCCCGAGACUUCUGAAUCUUGGUGUCCUGAUUGUGUGAUUGCCGAUCCUCUUAUUAGAAAGGCCAUUAGUCCUAUUGAAAAUGCCAUUUUAUUAGAAGCUCCCGUGGGUGCACGUAACGAAUGGAAAGGAAAUACAACACAUCCUUAUCGUGUGCGUUUUGGACUUAGUGCUAUUCCUACUUUAUUCAAAUGGACAAAGGAGGGCCCUGGUGCUAGAUUAGUAGAAGAAGACUGUGCAGACAUUGAAAAGCUUAAUGAAUUUGUCAGAAACUAAAUGUAAAAUAAAUCCUCUCUUUAUUAUAUACUGAAACCAGAAAUUGUCAACAAUUACACUUUGUGAUCUGUGAUCUUAUUGCUUCCAGCUUGACAGCAUAUAAUAAUGCAUAAAAUGAUCCUCAUCUUUUUGAGAGAUAUAAGAUAAAAAGAGUCAAGAUC